UUUUCUCGCCGCAGACACCUCGAAGUCCCUUCGGUGAGCUCCUUCCACGUCGAAAUGCGCGAGUGUAUCAGUAUCCACGUCGGCCAAGCGGGCGUCCAGAUCGGAAACGCCUGUUGGGAGCUUUACUGUCUAGAACAUGGAAUCCAACCGGACGGUCAGAUGCCCAGCGAUAAGACCAUCGGAGGCGGCGACGAUUCCUUCAAUACUUUCUUCAGCGAAACGGGUGCGGGAAAGCACGUGCCGCGAGCCGUCUUCGUAGAUCUGGAACCCACCGUCGUAGACGAAGUGCGAACGGGGACCUACCGCCAACUGUUCCAUCCCGAACAGUUGAUAACGGGAAAGGAAGACGCCGCCAAUAACUACGCCCGGGGUCAUUACACCAUCGGCAAGGAGAUAGUCGACUUGGUACUCGACAGACUUCGCAAACUGGCAGACCAAUGCACUGGUCUUCAGGGAUUUCUCAUUUUCCACAGCUUUGGAGGUGGUACCGGGUCCGGAUUUACCUCCCUGUUGAUGGAAAGACUCUCGGUGGACUACGGGAAAAAAUCCAAACUGGAAUUUUCCAUAUAUCCGGCGCCUCAAGUUUCGACGGCCGUGGUGGAACCCUACAAUUCCGUCCUGACCACCCACACCACUCUGGAACAUUCGGACUGCGCCUUUAUGGUCGACAACGAGGCAAUCUACGACAUCUGUCGACGCAAUCUCGACAUCGAGCGUCCCACCUACACUAACCUCAAUCGUCUCAUCGGUCAAAUCGUUUCGUCCAUAACCGCGUCUCUGAGAUUCGACGGCGCCCUCAACGUCGACCUGACCGAGUUUCAAACCAAUCUGGUUCCUUAUCCCAGGAUCCACUUUCCACUGGCCACCUACGCCCCGGUCAUCUCGGCCGAGAAGGCCUACCACGAGCAACUGACGGUGUCCGAAAUAACCAACGCCUGCUUCGAACCAGCCAAUCAAAUGGUGAAGUGCGACCCACGGCAUGGUAAGUACAUGGCCUGCUGCCUACUGUAUCGUGGAGACGUCGUGCCCAAGGACGUCAAUGCCGCCAUCGCUAGCAUCAAGACCAAAAGAACCAUCCAAUUCGUCGAUUGGUGUCCCACCGGAUUCAAGGUAGGGAUCAACUACCAACCUCCCACGGUGGUUCCCGGAGGAGAUUUGGCCAAAGUGCAACGGGCGGUGUGCAUGUUAUCUAACACUACCGCCAUAGCCGAAGCUUGGGCUCGACUCGAUCACAAGUUCGACCUGAUGUAUGCUAAGAGAGCGUUCGUUCACUGGUACGUGGGAGAGGGAAUGGAAGAAGGAGAGUUUUCCGAGGCUAGAGAGGAUCUGGCCGCCUUAGAAAAAGAUUACGAAGAAGUAGGAGUCGACUCUCUGGAGGGAGAAGACUUGGCCGGAGAAGAAUAUUGAGGCGGCCAUUUUGAUAAAUAUUCUCGCACCGACGAUCGACCGCGUCUAACGCGCCGUUUCGUCCUUCCAAACGUGCCUUUAGAAGCGACCGAGUCAUCCUUAAUUCUAUUUGAAUCUGGCAUAUCACCGCAAUUUCCUAGUCUACAAUUACGGAUUUGUUACGUAAGCACUUUGACACGCCCGGAAGUAUUGAAACGUCGUAACGACGACGUCACCGUAUAUUUUUGUCACCUUCAAAUCAUUGAUAAUAAAAAACGAGUAUUUCCUUUAA